AUUUGAUAUGUUAAAAAGCUACCUAUAACAAUAAAUACAUGUUAUUGUACUAGUGUGAAAAAUAGCUCCUUUUACCUUUUAGAUGUCGAGUUCAAAAAGCCACAAAAGUAUGGGGGAUGGGGAAUGGAUGUCCCGUUUGAGGAGGUUUGCCAGCUCUGGGGUUUUGCCUGCUGAUGCAGGCAACAGGCCAGCCCCAAGACAGAAGAGGUGGUAUGACCUCUUUCAAAAGAUUGAGAAGUGCCCGUUGCAGUUACGUGGCCAAAGAAUGCUGUUUGGUGGGACACAGCAGUGUACUUGUGGCUUUCAUAACCCAAAGCCAACCACUGGACAAACUGUGGCAGAGACCUCUACCUGUGCUGCCCCUCCCCCACUGGGAACAGCCUCUACCUCAGCCUCUGCCUCUGCCCCUCCUCCACUGGGAAUGGCCUCAGCCUCUGCCUCUGCGUCAGCCCAUGUCCCAGCACGGCCCACACUGACUUUCUCCAUGUUUUCUAAACCACGAUUUGGAGGCUCACAUGGCGCUGCUGCAAAGCCCAAUGUGAAUGUGGUUAGGAAAGCAAAGUCUCUGUCCAGUCCACCCACCAUGACAGGAGACACCCAGGCCACUGCCAGCUCACCUACGGCCUCUGUGAGGACCACCCCACCAGGCUAUGCUGCUCCUGGCCCUGCUCCUGGUCCCACUCCUGACUUCUGGCUUCCUUCUGGCAAGCUGCGUUUGAACUUGAAGCUCUGGUAUGAGCCACCAGCCUCUGCCCUGAUUUACCACCAGGCUCCAACACCGGACCGUUUUUUUGCCCACAGGCUCUUGGUAUGGAUGCCCUAUCACUUGUGGAAAGUGAGGGUAUUCUGCCAAACCUGUGGGAAGCAGCUGACGGGGUAUGGUGUGCACAAGAGGGUGCGGAAGGUCCUGGACGUGGACCGGUACUACCUGAUGGUGACGGAGACACUCAGGUGCACUGUGUGUCGCCUGACCCAUCUGGCAACCAGUCAGGCUGUCCUGGACCAGCUGGACCUGCCUCACAGGAGGAAGUUCAGGAUGAUCCUGACACGCUUGUAUGCUUGUGACAUACGGGUCAUCCGCAUGUUGCGGGAACGGACCCUCGGCAACAGCCCGGCGUGCUUGGUGAAACAGCUGCGGGAGAACCAUGGGGAGGAGUGGUUGGACCGCCUGGCCGACUACUUGGGGGAGUGUGCGGCCUUUGUUGACCAGCCCAGCCUCUUCCCAGUCACCUGCCAGGAGCCUCCACAGCCACUCGAUGUCCCAACCAGCCGGUGGGUGCUGUCGGUGUACGGGAGGAACAUCAUCAGCCGUAUGGACCAUAUAAAGGCAUCCAUCACGUCAACCUUUGGGUCCAUUUUAAAAAUGGACUCCACCAAGAAGAUGACAAAGAAGCUGGCUGGUGCAGCAAAGGGGACUGCAUUCUGGGUGACCUCGGUGGGGAACGAGAUCGGCCAGGUCCUCGUCAGUGUCCUGACUGCCCAGGAGGGACCGGGGCCGGACCCGAUGGUCUCUGGUCUCAUUGAGAGGUACACCCAGGCAGGUGCAGCUCCCCCGGUCCUGCUCUAUGUGGACUGUGGCUGCUGCUCGGAGGAGGGGGAGACCAAGCUUCAGGCCAGGUUUGGUGGGUGGCCAGACCUGAAGAUAAGGCUGGACAUCUGGCAUUUUAUGCGGCGGCUGGCCAUGGGAUGCACCACCGAUGCCCAUGCCCUGUACCCCCUCUUUAUGAGCCGCCUGUCUGUGUGCCUCUUUGAGUGGGAUGCAGCGGACGUAGCCCUACUGCGCAGGGUGAAGAGGGAGCAGCUCAGAAGGGAGGGUGUGCCCCUCAUCACCAACGACAUGGUGGACAAGGCCAUCACCAAGGCUGAGCUGCCCAGUUCUGCAGGCAGAGGACACGUGGAGUGGACGCAACGGUCCUCCGCAUUGAGCAGCUGCUGCAGGAGCUGA